CGAGAUUAGCUCAUCAACAUCCGGGUAUUUUAGAGUUCUGACAUGCGCACAGGCAUUGUGUCGUCGCUGAGUUCUAAGGCAGAGACAAGUAAGAAAAAUUCUCUGGAGUUCCUGGUGUCUGGUGAUUGCUCUUGUCUGACUGAACACAAAAAUAAUUAUUACCAUGUCUGUGGGAGAUGAACCAGUUGAGUGCCCAUUGUGUAUGGAACCAUUGGAAAUUGAUGAUAUCAAUUUCUUCCCUUGCACUUGUGGUUAUCAGAUAUGUCGAUUCUGCUGGCAUAGAAUCCGAACAGAUGAAAAUGGGUUGUGUCCAGCAUGCCGAAAGCAAUAUCCAGAAGACCCAGCUGAAUUUAAACCUUUGACAGAUGAUGAACUGCAAAACAUCAAGCGCGAGAGGAAACAGAAGGAGUGCCAGAGAAAACAAAAAGCAGCAGAAAAUAGAAAACACCUAGCCAAUGUGCGAGUAGUGCAGAAAAACUUGGUGUUUGUAGUAGGUCUGUCGCAGAGAUUGGCAGACCCUGAAGUGUUGAAGAAGCAUGAUUAUUUUGGCAGAUUUGGAAAGAUUCAUAAAGUUGUUAUAAACCAGAGCACUUCCUAUGCUGGUUCCCAGGGUCCCAGUGCAAGUGCCUAUGUGACCUAUGUCCGCCCAGAAGAUGCAUUGAAAGCUAUUUUGGCAGUAAACAAUGUGCAUGUGGAUGGUAGGACAUUGAAAACCUCACUUGGAACUACAAAGUAUUGUAGUCACUUUCUGCGAGGGUCUCAGUGCAUGAAAGCAGAUUGUAUGUACUUACAUGAACUUGGAGAAGAAGCAGCAAGUUUUACAAAAGAGGAGAUGCAAAUGGGGAAACACCAAGAAUAUGAACAGAAAUUGAUAGAACAGUUUCUUGAUUCUCAAAAUUCAGUCAACAAUCAUCUUUCGAACAACAAAAUUCAAUCCAGGAAAAAAUCAGGAUCCCCAACAUCUCAACAGCAGAUAAACCAACAUUCACCUCCUAUAGCAGAAACUGUGUUGCAAGCUAACAGUAAGCUGUCACAGCCAGGACUGUCACAGGGAGGAGAUUCAUUGCAAGCAGCUUCGGCAUCAGAUGCAUGGCCAUCACUUCAGCCAUUGGCAGGAGCCAUGAGUGGUGCGGGAGUUAAGGCAGAUGGAGUUAUGGGAGGUAGCAAUAGCUCCUCCAGAACAAAUACUCCUCCAGAAAAUACAUCAUCUUUAAAGGCUGUAGGCAACAGACAUCAUAGAAUAGCAGAUAGCCAGAACUGCCAAGACAAAGGAGAUUCAGAUGCAGAAUCUGCAUCUGAGAGCCCAGUAGGACAUCUGCAAGGAUUGCCAAACAGUGAAAGUCAUUUGUUAAAUAACAACAUAGGUCCUCCACUUUCUGGGGGUCUGGUAUCAACACAACACGCUUCAUUGUACAGCCCCACAGAGACACCAUCACCCCCCUCACAGUCCCCCCAUUCUCCAGAUCCAACACAUCUGCCUUUGCCUCUCUCUUCCUCACAGCCGGUGUCGGUAAUGCCCAUUGGGGCUAACCGCCGCCUGCCAGGCUUCCAUUCUGCUGCCAAUAGUCUUUCAUUUUUCAGUAAUAAUAUACUGGGAAGCAAGGUUGUGCCUCCCCCACUGCCCUCUCAUACAGAAAGAACAGAGUCUAUGCUGCCUGCAGAAAUGGAAGAUUCUAUACCAGUAUCUAGCAGUACAGACUGGUCAGCAGCAUUUGGUUUUAAAAACAAAGAGCCACCAGAUGAUGACUUAGGCUUUGAUCCAUGCACAGAAUCAUGCAAGGGACUAGCAGAUCUGAUAGAGAAAGAAAAUGGUGCAAAUUGGAGUCAAAGCCAGGCCCAAAUGUGCUCAGUAGGACAUGAACAGUUCAGCUUUGCAACCCAUGUACCCCAGCAAUUACAAGGCUCAGUGCCAGGACCAUCUCAGCACAGUUUGCCUCCUGGCUUCUCUCUCAACCACAUACAACAGCAGCAACUUCACCAGCAGCUCUUCAGGCCUGCAGAUAUUGGUUCCAGCCAAAUGAUAGACUUCCAGCAAUACAGACCACGCCCACGCUUUCCUGUGAUGCUCAACAAUUUCCGUCACGGAGGACCAGAUAUGGGGAGUCACAUACAUCACGCAGUGUCACAGGCUGCUCCUCUUCCCCGGUCUCCUCCUCAGCCAGAUGUAUUUACUAUGAAGGACAUGCAGGAUCAGCUACGCUCUCUUCUGCCAAAUAUCAAUAUUAGCUUUGGCUCUCCUCCACACCUGUCAACAUCUCAGCCUCCUCCUCCUCCACCAGGAGUUUCACCUCCUCAGCCUGGUGUGUAUGCAGACCCAGUUCUUGCUGGCGGGCGUCUUGCACCAGACACACCAUGGCUCCAGACAGAUCCUGCUAUCCUGUGUUCUCGCCCAGUGGAAGAUACCCCUCACUGGUUGAAGUCUAUCCACCAACUAACAGAAAGUGAUGGUCCUAUGCAGAGCCACAGCUGCUUCCCUUCUUUCAUGCAACAUUUUCCUCUGGGUCCUGCCAGUGGCUGGCCCCCACAGACACAAAAUCCACCUCCUGGAUUUCGAACCCCUAUCAGAACAGCUGCUGCUGCUCCAGAACCACAGAAAAUGGCUGAAGCCCUUCAGUAAUUUGAUGAUGAAUAUGGCCAACACCACUACUAAGCAACUGGUCCAGCAGCUCUUUGCCAGAAGUAUUCUCUCCAGCUGUCCAGUGUCUUGCACUUACAUGAUGUUUUAGAAUGGCUUUGCAUUUCAUUUUUGUCUUUCUCUGCUUUUAGAGGGGAUUGUCCUGUGAGGCUUCCCCUUUUUAUAUUAGCUCCUUCAUUAAAAAAAAUUCAUAGUCUAAAAAGUGUUUUUGGGCCUUAAAUCAAGCAAUCAUCAGGAGGGUCUACUUGCCUGCACUGAAGACAACAAAGGAAAAUUGUUACUGAGCUGUUUUGAUAACCAUAAGAAAUAAAAAAAGAAGUUGGUUUAGGAUAAGAAGAGAAGAAUCUUAAUAUAUGAAAAGGUUAAAAACAUGGCAUCAUGUUUGACAAGCAGACACAUAUAGCUUUGCUUCUUUUUUAAGUUCCUUCCACCCAACAAUUGGAAUUUCUAUAAUGCUCAACACAUGAAUUUACUGCUGCAGAUACUGGUCAACUCAUUCUUUGCUCCAGCAUAUCAUAACAUACAAAACUUUGGCAUUAAUAUGCACUUUACUGAAUCCAAAUAUUUAUUGUAAAAACAGCAUUGUGGAUUUUUCCGUGUUGAAGAAACAUGCAGCUAGGUCCAUAUGGAACAUUUGUUCUCAUCUUGCUCUGGCCUGCUACAAGUUCCAAAGCUCUUGACUGCAAAAAAGACAAAAAAAAUUUACAGCAAAAGUUAAUGUGCAUGAAAGCUUAAUUGUGGAUUUUGUUAAUCAAGAUGGAGAUUUUGUUACAGCAUGCCAUUCCUCCUAGUUUUAUGCUGCCUUGUGAUACUGUUGCAUGAUCUCUUCAUUUUGUGGUCAUCACAGAGUAAAGCAAGUCAAGAAUUGAUUUGGUCAGUAGUGUUAUUUGGUGAAAUUGCAGGCCGUGUUUUUUUAUAAAAAAAAAAAUCAAGUCAGCAAAUCGGAAAGGGUUUUAUGAAUUGAAUUAUUGGCAUUUUUUUAAUUUGGAGCUAUACUGUUAUGAAACCAAUGACUGUAAUUCACCACCUUGGUGUUGUUACUUUUUUGUUUUCUAAAUCAAGUUUUUUUGGGUUAUAAAUCAGGGUGUUUCUUGGUGGCACAUCAUUCAUGCAUUUAUAAAGGAAAUUUCUUAUCUGGUCAGUUAUUUUCAGGCAUCUUGUGGAAGCCAAAUUUUUUCCAGUCUUCUAAUAGUCUUGUUUUUUAAAUUCAGUGAGCAGUAGACGAUAAUGAGUUAAUGUCAGCUAUAUUUUUUUGUGAAUCAUCCUAGUAAGCUGGUUGCCGUGUACCACAUUAAUGGGCAAAUCUUUCAGAAUCAUUUUUAUGUGAGUUACAAAACAAAUCAAAAGUGUUGUCAGUGCGUUCGCUAUUAGCAGUAUCAAAUAAGGAGAGUUUCUAUUUCCCAUCCUCCUUUGACAAAUACAGAGAUAGCAUGCGGUUGUCUUCUGCUGUUAGGGAUCUCCUGAGCUUUCAUUUUUGUAGAAGUGACGGGGCAGGCAGUAUUAAUAUAUUGCCAGGUUUGCCUCCACUGGACUGUGAUGAAAUAGUGGUACAUGGAGGAGGAAUGCUUAAGCCUGUCUGUCCUCUUUACUGACAAGAUAGUGCAGACAUCAAAUGCCUUGGACUGUCAUCUAUGCUUUACUGGUGAGCUUGCAUGUGGGACUUUGAUUCAAAGGCUGGAAUCUGUUUGGGUGUUUGAAGAUUCUGUGUAUGUACGCACCCUUCCAUUAUUUAUAACUUGGUUGAAAUUAACAGACCAAGUUUUGGAGAAAGGUUUAAAAAAAAAGGACGGUACAUGC